AUAUCGGUAGAGCUUCACUUUUUAGUUAUGAAAACAUAAUAUGCUACACAAAAAUUGAAAUUCAUUGUUAAUUUCUUCAUAUUAUUCUAAUUUAUAUUGAAUUUAAUAUAAAAAUAUUGUGUGUAUAAUUAGUUUUGUCAAAUACUUAUUUAUUAAUAUUUUCGUCAUUUACGGUAACUGGAUUCCGGCCCCCCCGAAAACUAAAUUCUAGCUCCGCCCCUGAAUACACAGUUGGUAUUUACUUACAACAACAACAAAAAAAAAAUGUUCAAUCUGGAAGCUGGAAAUAGGCAGAGCGCGGGGAAAAACCGCCAUCCAACUAUCAAGAACCAGUUGUUCCCGAUGACUUGAGUUGUUGGGAGAGGUUCAAUUGUGAAUCAUAUACCACAACACUAACAGACUCUGCCCAAUUACAUAACAGUACUCAUAGUAUAAAAUAAUACUACUCGUACUACUCAUACUCUAAUACCAACGACAUUAACAUCGCGUAGCGAAACUUUUUCGACCAAUAAUUGAUGAUCCAUGAAACUAUCUUCCAUUCCCCCUUUUUUUUUUUCAAAGCAUAAAGAGGACUAGAGGAGAAUAUAUGAACAUAUAGGAGUGGAAAAGUUGUAAUAUAGUAGUAGCUAUAUUACAUGCUAUAUAGGUAUAGCUGGGGUUCUGCAAUUAGUUCACUCUGUUGCUCCAAUUAUUUGAAGGUGAUUGAUCAGCAAAGGCCAAAAGAUGAUCCAUGAGUGAGAACCAGAAAGGCACCAGGAGAAAAAAAGCAAAGAAGAGGGCAACUUGGCAUGGAAUGGAGGAGAAGAAGUGGAGAGGAAGGGGAAUAGGAACAUUUGGGUAAAAAAAAGUCCAAUUGGGACGACAAAAAAGAAAUGGAAUUGGGCCCUUCAAAUCUCAUAUCCAAAACACACAGAGGGAACCCUCUGCUCUGCCCGGCAGUUGCAGCAGUAAUUCAGACGACAGUGGCGCUGCAGAAGAGGCCGGGUAAGUAAGGAAAGGAAAGGAAGCGAAGCAGCUGAGCCCUUCCUCCUCUGUUCCUUCUUUUUCUUAUUUUGGGGUUUGGCGAUAAACGAUAGACUGGUAAGUAGGAAUUGUACUAUCUGUUUGGCAAUGGACUGGGAAUCAUCAUCUGCAGCCUGGCAGAGGUGAUAAGAGAAAGAAGCUUGCUGCUAGGAAGCGACGGAGGGAAGGAUUCGCGGCAGAGGGCACGCGCAGCUUCCAAACAAGCUACAAAAAUACAAACAAAACACUCUCUGCCUGGCUGCCUGCCUGCCUCUAUUGCUCUUGCCUGCCUGCCUAUUGGGGAAUCUCUCAUGCGUCACUUUCAUCUCCCACUCCCCAUCCAUCCAUCCAUCCAACUUUCCAUGUUCAUGCUCUACACUACACGUAAUCAACCUUUUUUUGGGGUGAAAUAUACUAAUGAACCUUUAGGUGAUUAGCGAGCAACUAGGAUGGCAAUGAGUCGAGUUGGAUCAGGUUUUUCUAAAUUCAAAUCCUAUAUAGGAAGUAUACUUGUAAAAAAAUAUUUCCAUAUAAUAUCCACGGGCCACAUAGAAGAGAAAAUCCCACCUAGCUAGCUGGUUUUUAUGGGUAUAUGAGCAUCUAUGGAUUCACGUAUAUAACCGCAAAUAAGAUACACACGUGGAAUGUCUGAAUCAAACACUACCUAAGCACUUGUGAUUAGGGAUGUUAAUCCAACCCGUAAUUAUGGGUACCCUACCCAACCGUAACCGGUCAACGAGGGUAAUUUACCGCUUUGAUGGGUUAAGGGGCGGAUACAGGUAAUACCCGGUUUCAAAAUAAAGGGUAGGGUACGAGUAUGAUAAUCGAUAAUACCCGCCCUGUUAUACUCGCCCCGCUAACCAAAGGGUCAAUUUCCCUAGCCCUAACCCUACCCAGCAGUCGAUUUUCCUUGCCCACACACAAGUGAGGUGCUUGCUCAGGCUCUUCUUGAAACUUUACUUGCUUGGGAUAUUGACACAAAGGUAUCUACGAUUACCUUGGAUAAUUGUUCUACUAAUGAUGCUUUGAUGGAUGUCAUGAAGCAUAAGUUAAGCAGUGAGCAUUUGAUGUGGUCUGGUUCUAAUAUUGUCUUUGUUGUUUUUGUUUAUGUGUGGAUUGUUGAAGGUAGAGCAAAUAUGAUGCAUUGUGUUUUUGUCUGUGUGGAUUGUAGAAGGAAGAACAAUUAUUAUGUGUUUGCUGUUUUUAUUUGUGUGGAUUGUUGAAGCUAGAACAGUUGCAAGUAUUGAGAAUUUUUAAUGGACAACAAUAUGUAUGUGCAUAUAUGUGUAUAAGUUCAUAUUUUAAGAUUUGUACCCAUGGCUACCCGAAUACCCGUGGUUACCCGGUGGGUAGUGUCACAUGUGGCAGAUGACAUGGCGCCAACAAGGUGACAACAUGGCAGCAGCACAUGUGGCAUGCAUGGAAGACUAGUAGCAUAGAGAUGCUCCUAGGAUUCUCCACCAUAAUGUAGAGCUUUAUAGUGCACUUAUGAGUCACAUAAUGGUGACAUUGAUAGAGUGCAUAAUGGGGUGACUUAAUGGGGUGUAUUGAUGUAGUAGAGGGACUUUAUGAGGGGCAUUGAUGCCUUGUAUGUGGAGAGGCCUAUAUAAGGAGCCAUCUCCCUCAUUUGUACUCAUUCCAUCAUUUUUGAGAGUAAUACACACUAGAGAGUUCUCCCAUUUCCUUUGUCUUUGUUCUUGUUCUUUGCUUUCAAGUGAGUUGAGAGAAAGGCUGCCUAGCGCUCUAACGGAAUUGAGAGCUAGGGCCGCACGAUCGAGAGUAAGGUCGUGACAAGUGGUAUCAGAGCCUGGUUCGGCUUUGUGCUAGCAAAGUUGAACCUAGAGCCAGAAGGAAAGGAAGAACCUCACCAAAAAUGACUGGAUCAGAAGUCCACGACGAUGAGAAGCACCGUGGAAGGGAUACCGUGAAGAAUCCCAAACCAAAGGGUGACAAGUCAAGCACUCGUGAUCCUAUGACGUCUCUAGAGAGGCGUGUCUCUAGAAUGGAGGUGAAGUUGGCGGAAGACAUCAGUGCCAUCGAGGAUUUGGGAGCAAACUUCACCCAAGUCGAAAGCGAUUUUCAAGGUAUGAAUGCUCGUUUGUCGAGCUUGGAGAUUGGUAAUGAUGGCUUACGAGAAGAGCUUGUGGCCCUCAUCAACAACACCAUCACCACAUCCUUGAACAACGCCAUUGGAGUUGUGAAAGAGCAAGUCCAGACUGAGCUGGUCGGCGUGAAGGAGGAGAUUGCAGAUCUCAAGAGUGAGGUCACUCUCGUGAAGAGAGCCAUGGCUAGCGGACCAGCCACGGUGCAAUCCGUCCCACGUGCUGAUAUUCCAAGACCGAAGAGCUUCGGAGGUUCACGGAAUGCGAGGGAGUUAGAGAACUUCCUUUGGAGUCUUGAGCAGUACUUCAAGGCGUCCGGCAUCCAAGAGGAUGAGGUAAAGAUUCGUACCGCUCCACUUUACUUGGUUGAUGUUGCCAUGGUGUGGUGGAGGCGACGUGAAGCGGACGUCGAAAGAGGUACUUGUGUGAUGGUAACGUGGGAAGAUUUCAAGAGAGAAAUCAAGAGGCAGUUCUACCCAGAGAACGUGGAGUUUGAAGCCCGUUCGAAGUUGAGAAGACUCACCCAGAGGGGUGGAGUUCGAGAAUACGUGAAAGAAUUCUCGGAGCUGCUUCUAGAGAUCCCGGACAUCACGGACAAGGAGGCCAUGCACGGCUUUCUUGAUGGGAUGCAACCAUGGGCCAAGAUGGAGAUGCAACGUCGAGGAGUGCAAGACCUUGCAACUGCCAUGGCCACGGCGGAGUCUUUUGUCGAGUACAAACGACAAGAGAGCAGCGGCAAAGAGAAGAGUUCGAAGCCCAACAAGGGUGGAGAACAGCAGAAGCCUUUCAAGGAAGGUUCUCGCACUCAACAACACCAAGGUGGUUCGAGCAAAUGGAGUAAGUACGAGCCAAAACCCAUGACUUGUUUCCUUUGCGACGGACCACAUCGAGUGCGAGAUUGCCCAAGGAAGGCGAGAUUAGCAGCCAUGGAAGCUCAAGAUGAGGAGCCCAAGGCGGCGGAGGCCAAGAUUGGCUCAAUCUGCAAGCUUGGCGCGGCGAAGACCGACGUCAAGGAGAGCAAGCGGGGGAGGUGCUAUGUUCUGGCGCAAUUCAUGCAAGGCGAGUCAAAAGCCUUGGUGGAUACUGGUGCCACGGACAACUUUCUUCGCAUCGAGGAGGCAAACCGGCUGGGUAUUGCCUACGAGAAGGGGCAAGGGAGGCUCAAGACGAUCAAUUCGGAGUCCAUCCCGAUCCAUGGAGUUGCUCACAACGUACCAAUAAAGCUUGGCGAGUGGGAAGGCCUCAUCGACUUUUCCGUCGUCACCAUGGACGAUCACCCAGUCAUCCUCGGCAUCCACUUCCUCGACAAGGAGGGAGUCCUUUUGAAGCCCAACUCCAACACGAUGUGCUUGGAGAAGGAAGGGGAGUUCCAUGCUGUUCAUCUCUUGAGAGAAGAUGGUCCCCAUAGUGCUCUAUCGGCCAUGCAAGUGGUGAAGGGGUUCAAGAAGAAUGAACCAACCUUUCUUGUGUCCUUGAAGAUGGAGGAAGAAGGAGGCUCAAUGGGAAUCACAACUCCCAUCAUCGAAGGUGUCCUCGAAGAGUUCGAUGAUGUGAUGCCAUCGGAGUUGCCCAAGAAGCUGCCUCCAAGAAGAGAGGUGGACCACAAGAUCGAGUUGGAGCCAGGAGCGAAGCCCCCUUCGCGAGCACCAUACCUCAUGUCGCCGCCGGAGUUAGAAGAAUUGCGGAGGCAACUCAAGGACUUGGUGGACGCAGGCUACAUGCGGCCAUCGAAGUCACCUUUUGGAGCACCGAUGCUGUUCCAAAAGAAGAAGGAAGGGUCGUUGCGGAUGUGCAUCGACUAUAGAGCCAUCAACAAGUUGACGGUGAAGAACAAGUGGCCGAUUCCCAACAUUGCCGACUUGUUCGACCAGCUUGGAGAUGCAAUGUGGUUCACCAAGCUAGAUCUUCGCUCGGGCUACUAUCAAGUGCGGAUAGCAGAGGGCGACGAGCCAAAGACGGCUUGUGUGACGAGGUAUGGCUCUUACAAGUUUCUUGUGAUGCCAUUCGGUCUCACCAACGCACCAGCCACGUGUUGCACUUUGAUGAAUCAAGUGUUCGAGCCAUUCUUGGACCGGUUUGUCGUGGUCUACUUGGAUGACAUCGUCGUGUAUAGCAAAACACUCGAUGAGCAUGCCGAGCAUCUACGCCAAGUCUUCCAAGUCCUUCGCGACAAUGAGUUGUAUGUCAAGAGGGAAAAGUGCACAUUUGCCGCCACGGAGGUUCCAUUCUUGGGGCACAUCAUUGGUGGAGGCAAGUUGAAGAUGGAUGGAGCAAAGGUGCAGGCAAUCCAAGAAUGGGAGCCGCCGACGAAGGUGCCAGAGUUGCGGUCAUUCCUCGGCCUUGCCAACUACUAUCGGAGGUUUAUCAAGGGCUACUCCAACAUUGCAGCACCCUUGACGGAUCUCUUGAAGAAGAACAAGGCGUGGGAUUGGUCGGAAAGGUGCCAAGAAGCGUUCGAGGCCUUGAAAGCAGCGGUGAUGAAGGAGCCCGUGCUCGUGCUCCCCAACCCGACGUUGGCCUACGAAGUGCAGACCGAUGCAUCCGACUUUGCAAUUGGGGGCGUGUUGAUGCAAGAAGGGCAUCCCAUCGCCUUCGAGAGUCGGAAGCUCAGCGAGACGGAAAGGCGAUACACCGUUCAAGAGAAGGAGAUGACGGUCGUGGUGCAUUGCUUGCGCACAUGGAGGCACUACUUGUUGGGGUCAAAGUUCGUAGUGAAGACGGACAACGUGGCAACGAGCUACUUUCUGACGCAGAAGAAGCUCACCCCUAAGCAAGCGAGGUGGCAAGACUUUUUGGCCGAGUUCGACUUCGUCAUGGAGUACAAUCCAGGCAAGGCGAAUUCCGUUGCCGAUGCUCUUAGCCGCAAGAGUGCAGCCGCAAGCAUCAGCCAGCCCACGUUUCCUUUGAAGGAGCGGAUCGUUGAAGGCCUUGGCCAUGACCCCUUCGCCAAAACCGUAGCGGAGUACAUUGAGCAAGGUAAAACUCGGCGGUUUUGGAUGAAGGAUGGGCUCAUCAUGACCAAGGGAGAGCGGGUGUUCGUGCCAAGAUGGGCCAACUUGAGGAAGGAGAUCAUAAAGGAGUGCCAUGAUUCCAAGUGGGCGGGCCAUCCCGGCAUCGAGAGAACGCAAGCGCUCAUCGAAGAAGCAUAUUUCUGGCCGCGUAUGAGAGACGACGUGGAGAUGUAUGUGAAGACUUGUCUUGUGUGCCAACAAGACAAGAUGGAGCAGAGAAGCCCGGCAGGCUUGCUAGAGCCCUUGCCCACGCCUCAACGACCAUGGGAGAGUGUGAGCAUGGACUUCAUCAUCGGACUUCCCAAAGUCGAUGGAUGCGGUUGCAUCAUGGUUGUGGUGGACAGAUUCUCGAAGUAUGGAGUGUUCAUUCCUGGGCCAAAAGACUUAACGGCGGAGGAUGCGGCACGACUAUUCUUCAAGAGCGUGGUCAAGUAUUGGGGCAUUCCUAGCAGCAUCGUGAGCGACAGAGAUGGGCGCUUCACGGGCAGAUUUUGGCGAGAGUUGUUCAAGAUCAUGGGCUCAAACUUGAACUUCUCGACGGCAUUUCAUCCUCAAAGCGACGGACAGACGGAGCGGGUGAAUGCCUUGUUGGAAGUGUACUUGCGGCACUACGUGAGUGCAAACCAACGAGAUUGGGUGAAGUUGAUGGACACGGCGCAGUUUUCCUACAACUUACACCGCAGCGAGUCGACCAACACGAGUCCAUUUGAGUUGGCGACAGGGCAACAACCUUUGACACCUACGACGGUGGCAACGGGGUAUAGAGGCAACAGUCCGGCGGCCUACAAGUUCGCUAAAGGCUGGCACGAGAAGAUGGAGAUGGCCAAGUCUUACUUAGCCCGCGCUAGCAGGAAGAUGAAGAAAUGGGCGGACAAGAAGCGGCGGCACUUGGAGUUUGAAGAGGGAGACAUGGUGAUGGUCAAGUUCUACCCUCAUCGCUUCAAGCAUCUCAAGAACGUGCACAAGGGACUGCUUCGCCGCUAUGAAGGGCCAUUCCCCAUCGUGAAGAGGAUUCGCAAUGUGGUAUACAAGGUAGAGCUGCCGACGCACUUGGAGAUCCAUCCGGUCUUUCAUGUGAGCCAACUCAAACCUUACCACGAAGACAAGGAGGACGAGCAGCGAAGGGAGCCGCAGCGCGCACCAGCACUCGUCACCAAGACACACGACCAUGAAGUCGAAGAAAUCAUGGCGCGUCGUGUCAUUCCUCGUCGCGGCGUACAUCCAAGCUUUGUGGAGUACUUAGUCAAGUGGCGCAACCUUCCGGAGAGUGAAGCAACAUGGGAGAAAGAGCUCACGCUUUGGAAGAACAAGGACUUGAUCGAGGCAUUCCAUCAAGAGGACGCGACGAGGGCGUCGCGAGCAUAGGUGGGGGAGGAUGUCACAUGUGGCAGAUGACAUGGCGCCAACAAGGUGACAACAUGGCAGCAGCACAUGUGGCAUGCAUGGAAGACUAGUAGCAUAGAGAUGCUCCUAGGAUUCUCCACCAUAAUGUAGAGCUUUAUAGUGCACUUAUGAGUCACAUAAUGGUGACAUUGAUAGAGUGCAUAAUGGGGGGACUUAAUGGAGUGUAUUGAUGUAGUAGAGGGACUUUAUGAGGGGCAUUGAUGCCUUGUAUGUGGAGAGGCCUAUAUAAGGAGCCAUCUCCCUCAUUUGUACUCAUUCCAUCAUUUUUUAGAGUAAUACACACUAGAGAGUUCU